CAUCCUUGCACUGACACGUUCCAACUAGUAAGAAACCGCAAAACACCAAACCAAAUCAAACGCUGCUAAGUCGACAUCUUUCCUCUUUCUCUAACUGACACGUAACAUUUGACAUGUUUCUACCAUGCCACGUUGCAUCUUAGACUCACCAUGUUCUUCAUUAUUCUUCAACUCAACUCCCUUAUAAACCCCCCACACCCCAACCUCUCUUCAAACCCACUAGCAAUCUUCUCCAUUGUGAACUACAAAACACUGAAAGUUUUGUUUUAUAUUUUCCAGUUCCCUCAUUUGAGUUUUUCAUAUUGUUGUUACAUUUGGUGUAGAUAUAGCCAUGGCUUUAAAGGUGGUUUUUGUGAUGGCGAUGUUGGUGGUUUUUGCCAUGAUUUGUAACUGUUCUAGUGUUGGCCACAUGCCUUCAAACACAGAGGAGGCUCAGGAUUUUGAAGAGGUGAAAGUCAAGGCAGGGGAAACAGCAAACAAGGCAGCAGAAACUGCAUACAAAGCAGGGGAAACAGAGGAGAAGCAGGGGAAAGAUUCAACAACAGGGUCAUGGACAGAGUGGGCUAAAGAGAGACUCACUGGAGGGCUUGGUUUGAAGCAUGAUGAUGAUGAUGAUGAGACCAAGGACAACAAGGAGACAACCACCACCACUGGGAAAGUCUCUGAAUAUGCUUCUGACACUGCACAGAAGAUCAAGGACUAUGCAACUGGUUCUGCUGAGAAAACCAAGGACUAUGCUGGUGAUGCUGCACAAAAGACUAAGGAUUAUGCUGGUGAUGCUGCUCAGAAACCCACAGACUAUGCUACUGAGAAAACCAAGGAAUAUGCAGGUGGUGCUACUGAGAAAACCAAGGAGUAUGCAGGGGAUGCUGCUCAAAAGUCCAAGGAAUAUGCUGGUGAUGCUGCUCAGAAGGCUAGAGAUACUGCCAAUGAUGCUGCUCAGAAAUCCAAAGAGUAUGCUGGUGAUGCAGCACAGAAAUCCAAAGACACAGCACAGGAGUCCAAAGAGUAUGCUGGGGAUGCAGCACAGAAGAUUAAAGAGGCUUCUAGUUAUGCCAGUGACACUUCUCAGAAGACCAAGGAAAAGCUCCAAGAAGUUGCAUCUGGGGCAAGUGAAUACAGUGCAGAGAAGGCUAGAGACAUGACAAAUGCAGUUAAGGACACAUUUGAGGCUGCCAGGCAAAAAUCACAGGAAAUGAAGGACAGUGCAGGUGGACAACGCCGUGAUGCUGAGCUUUGAAGUGAUUAUGAUUUUCACCAUGUUAUGUAUACCUCUUCUUAUGCCACAAGAUUGUCCAAUUCUACCAGAAAAUAGAUGUUUUGCAUAAAUACUGAGAGUGUGUGUCUUUGUGUAACAUAGCUAGCUUAAGUUGGAAUAUUUUGUAUCAUCUCAUGUUUCUCAACAAUAAUAGUUGCAAACCUACCCACAUGUGGCAUUUCUUUGAA